CCUCGAUGCCCUAUGGGGGCACUACUGUAGGUCGGUCCCCGGGAGGACAUCGUUUGGCUAUGUCAUGCAGUGUGUAGAGCGCCCAGCAGGCGGCGCCCGUCCCCGCUCGUCCACUGUACACGGAGCGGCCUUCCAUGUAGAGGACGCUGGGGCUGUGGUGGCCGCCUCCCGCACCGCCUCGUCCCUGAGAAGGACUGGCAGAGCUGCGGAUGGUGUGGAGGAGGAGGAGGGCUCAGGCUGGAGGAGGAGGAGGUGACCGGAGCCGUGUUCUCAGCAGCAGCAGCAGGAAGGGGCUCUAACGGGCUGCAGUGAGAGGCAGUGCCAGCGCCCGCUCCUCGGAGGGUCUGGCAGGCUCAGCAGUGACCCCCAUCCUGCCCGUAACCUCCAGGGAAGCCAAUGUCCCAAUCCGUGCCAGCCGCAGAGCUGCUGUCAUUGUGUGUGCCCAGUCCCGGCACCAUCGGGAUGGAAGCAGCAGCGGGGGCACUGGCGGUGGGCAAGGCUGCUGGCUGGGACCUGGGCACACAGGUGCAGAUCCGGGUGGCCAUAGAAGCCGCGGAGGACGAUGAUCCGGAUGCUGCGGAUUACAGAGGGGGCCUGGAAGGAGGAAGCUGCAGCGAGGAUGACUUCAGCCGCAAUGACAAAUACAGUGGAGCUGCCACAAGUGGAGGGGAGAAUGAUGGGGAUGAGCUUGACCAGGACUGGAAGCCCCCCGACCCAGAACUUACCCAGAAACUUGUUGUUCAGAUAGAGUACUACCUCUCUGAUGAAAACUUGGAGAAAGAUGCCUUUCUAUUGAAACAUGUGAGAAGAAACAAGAUGGGAUUUGUCAGUGUUAAACUACUUACCUCAUUCAAAAAGGUAAAGCAUCUGACCCGUGACUGGAGGACCACUGCCUAUGCUUUAAGGUAUUCUGAAAUACUUGAAUUAAAUGAAGACAACAGGAAAGUAAGACGAAAAACUCCAGUUCCCGUUUUUCCUAGUGAGAACCUCCCCAGCAAAAUGCUCCUGGUGUAUGACCUCCACUUCAUUCCAGAGCUGCAAGGGUUAAAUAAAGAGCAAGAAAAUGGUGGCAUGCAAGAAAAGAUAAUGGAGCAGCUGCUAAAGAGUUUUGGAGCUUUUGGAAGCAUCUCCUCUAUACGUAUCUUGAAACCCGGUAGGGAUCUUCCCUCAGAUGUGAAAAGAUUUAGUAGUCGAUACAGUCAGGUUGGAACCAAGGAUUGUGCAAUAGUUGAAUUUGAGGAGGUGGAGGCUGCAAUAAAGGCACAUGAGACCCUCAAUGUUGAAAGUGACACCGAUGAUGGUAUAAAGGUUGUCCUAAUAGGCAUGAAGCCACCAAAGAAAAAGAUUCAGAAAGACCGAAGCAAAGAAGAAGACUCAAAGAAUCUGCGCAAAAAUAAGUCUCUCAAUAAAAGGGUUGAAGAGCUACAGUACAUAGGAGAUGAGUCUACAGGCUAUAGCACUUCAGAGCCAGAUAGCAAUCCUAACUCUCCAAUGGUAGGGCGAAAGAUCCAGUCAACCAAUAAGCUGAGCCCAUCUGCUUACCCAAAUAAUCAUCUGAGUCCAAAUGCUUCACCCAGAAAUAGCCCCUGGAGUAGUCCUUGUGGCCAACGUAAAGGGGUCAAGCAUUCCCCUCUUGCUGACAACAUGAGCCCUGAAAUUUCACGGAGGUCUACAGAGUACUCAUCAGAUAGCAGCAUCACACCAUCCAGUAGUCCUUGGGUUCAGAGGAGAAGACAAGCCCAAACAGUCACACAGGAAAAGAGCCCUGCAUGUAGUCCAAUGCUUGGAAGGAAGAUACAGAAUGCUGAUGGACUGCCGCCCGGAGUCCUGAGGCUUCCAAGAGGUCCUGAUGGUACAAAAGGAUUCCAUAAUGGAACGGAAAGGAAUAAGCUUGUGCAGAAUUUAUGAACUCCAUGUAACCUUAUGGGACUUGCAAUUAUACUUGUCAACACCAGCCACUAGUUUGCAAGAGGGUGCAUUCCAGUAUUCCAGGGCUGCAAAAAGCUUCUACCUGGGAAGAAAUGGAUUCAUAGAAAGACUGAUAAGAAGUCUGUAUUUAUUAUUUUUUAUCUGAUUUUUCAUGGGUACACAUACUUUGUACAGUGGCAGCAGUUUUGCUGCAUUAUAUUUUUAUUUGACUUUUUUUUUUUUUUUUUUUUUAGUUUUUGUUAAAUCCUUUUAAUUUCUAUGUCAAUCUUACUGGGUAUCUGAAGCAAUUGCGAUCCAUUGAUGCUUAUCUAAAUAUUAAGGCCAGGGACGCAACUGGUUGCAUAAUCUCCAAAACCUAUUGGCAACUAUUACUAGUUUAUCCAAUAGGACGUUGUCAAUCUUUCUGCGAUGCUCAUUGUACACCUCCAAAGACAGAUGUGUAUAAAGAAUGUAUAUUUUCCGUGCUGUGAAUUAAAUGACCUUCCAUACGCAUUGAAGCAUCUUGUCUUGA